CGGGGCUUGAGCGAACAGCCGCAGCAUACACAGAAUGAGCUAGAAGAUGUUCAGUGCAGCGAGAUCAUUAUUAUAACUGCUCCUCGAAGACGUGUUUCUGUCGACAGCAUUUGGAAGCUGCUCACCGCCCAAACGCAGUCUUACAAAGAGGUAUGUGCUGGUCGUGGCCACUGGUGUCUGUGCUGGUGCUCUGCUCGCUCCUGUCUGUGGGGACGGUGAGGACGGCGCCCUGUCAGACCUGCCGAACACUCACGGACCGCUUCAUCAAGGGUUUGGAGCAAACAGCCAAUAAGAAUUUCGGAGGAGGGAACACGGCUUGGGAAGAGGAGAAACUGGCAAAAUAUGCACGCAGUGAAACGCGUCUGUUAGAGAUCGUAGAGGCUGUGUGUGACAAGUCUGACUUUGACUGCAACAGACUGCUGGAGCAGAUCGAGGACCAGGUGGAGACAUGGUGGUUUCACAGACAGCAGGAAGCUCCAGACCUGUUCCAAUGGCUGUGCAUUGAGGAGCUCAGACUGUGCUGCCCACCUGGACACUACGGGCCCGAAUGCACAGAGUGUCCGUCUGGUCCUGGAGGAGUGUGUGGAGGUCUGGGCCGCUGUGAGGGCGAGGGCACACGUCUGGGAGAUGGAGACUGUGUUUGUGACCCGGGAUACUCGGGCGUCCUGUGUCAGGACUGUGCUGACGGAUACUACAGAGAAAAGAGCUCCAACCACACACAGCCUCCCUGCUCAGCUUGCUAUCAUUCCUGUAAAAAGUGCACAGGACCACAAGACAGCACAUGUCUGGACUGUAAGCCUGGAUGGAUCCUUCACAGCAACAAGUGUGUCGAUGUGGAUGAAUGUGGCACUGAACUGGCUCGAUGUCCGUCCAACACGUACUGCUUCAACACAGACGGCUCUUAUGAGUGCAGAGGCUGUGAUCAGGCGUGUGUGGGCUGUAUGGGAAGUGGACCUGCUCGCUGUAAGAAGUGUGCUCGAGGGUUCAGACUCACUGGAGCUAAGUGUCUAGACAUCGAUGAGUGUUCGGAGAGAGCCAUCGCAUGCCCAGGACUCAACGAAGCUUGCGUUAAUGAGGAGGGCUCGUUCCGCUGCGAGUGUGCCGAGGGCUUCAUUCGACGGGACAGCAUCUGUGUGGAGAAUCUGCCACCGACGGGGCCAGAGAAGGGCUUGUUUGAUGACAUGACGGAUGACGAGGUGCUCGUGCUCCAGCAGAUGUUCUUCGGCGUGGUGAUCUGUGCUCUCGCUACUCUAGCUGCCAAAGGAGACAUGGUCUUCACGGCCAUCUUCAUCGGAGGACUGGCGGCCAUGGCAGGAUACUGGCUGUCAGAGAAGGGUGACCGCGUGCUGGACGGCUUCCUUAAGGGACGCUGAUGGACGUCAAGCUCUGGG